UGAGACAGGCAAACCUGUUAUGUGAAUGUCAGAGACUUGCCUACCUGUGUGAAAACAAUGCAGAAAGUCCAGAAUUAGACAGAUGAUCCAAUGAGAAAGAAACUGAUUGCUGAAAAAGAAAUGUAUGUUGUAAUUACAAGAAACAAAGAAUCGACAAAAUGAGCCUGGACACCAGCACAAUAAAUGCCAUUGAACAUUGGGAUGCGUGGGUGGAGUCUAGAAAUAAGACCCUGGGGGGUCCAGUGAUUCCUCUGUGUAAGGAGCUCCGGACUUUCACCCCACAGCAAUUAAACACUAUAGUACCUAUGUUUGUGAAGGAAGUUGAAGUUAAAAAUGGACCAACCUCUAGAAAGUCCAUCAAACGAAUCCUCUCAAAGAUUCAACAAUGUCUCGAUUCACAGGAAGGAGGCUGUAUAAAACAACAUAGAUUAUUGACUUGUAAAGUUAAACAAACCAUCACAGAUAGGGUAGCUGUAAAGCACAACUAUGUAACUUCAGAAAUGGAGAAAAAAUUAUGGCAGGUUAAUGUAUUAGAUUUAAUAUCUAAUGAAGGACUCAGCUAUGCAAUUUACUUCUAUAAUGUUAAAAUAUUUGGCAUUACUUCUGCAAAAGAUCAUCAAAGUCUGAAACCUCACUUCUUCAAGUUUUCAGAAAAUGCAUGUGGACAAUAUGUUUUGCUGAAUUGUGCAAUGCUUUCAUCUUUUGGCUUAUAUAAAGAGCACUUCUGUAGAAAAAGAAAAACUUUGAAUAAUGAGGUAGAAAUACCUUGUAAGAUCAUCCAUUAUGAAGACCCCGAGAAUCCAAGGUCAUAUUACAAACUUCUAAAGAAAAACUUGCACAGCAUUGCUCAAUAUAAUAAAACAAACUUCUACUUAAAACCGUGUGAUAAUACUGAGGGAUUUACUAAUAAGGUGUUUGAAAAGAAAAAAAUUAAAUCCUGUGUUCAGGACAUGAUGAGGAGUGCAGGUCAUGGAAAACCAUACAACAAUCAGUCGCUGAGGCUUUUGAUGGAAUGUGGAGACAGUAUUUUAAAAUCAGGUCCUGGAUAUGAAUAUGUGCUUUGUGCUAGAAGAAGCACCACUGCCAACCACAGUAUACUUAAAGAAAUCAGCAAGAAACUGGAUCCACCCCUGCCCCCUCAGCCAGAGACACCUGUUCUUCCAUCACCAGUCCCUGUAGUCACCGUGACUUCUCUUGCACCUACUAAUACUCAAGAGGACAGACCUGUUCCUCAGCAGCAUAAAAUCUAUAAAAGUAGGCAUGCACCACCUAAAUCACUCAACCCUCCUCCUCAAAAACGUCUGCGAAUUGAGGAGAUGUCUUGCACUGCUCCUUCUCAGGAGGUACUUCCGGCCAGUGCAGCAGACAACCAGUCGGGAGAUGUUACGGUAAAGACUGAAGCGUUAGAUUACAAUAAUAACCCUGAAGCUACCUCCCAAGAAAGUCCUGUGGUGGAUACUUCCCCACAAUGUCACCUGAGAACCAAUGUUGAUAUCCGUCAUGGCAGUUUUAACAUCAGACUGGCUGAGCUUCUCCCACCAGGGGCUAAGGAUGUCCACAUUGAGGGGACCAAAAGUAAUACAGAGGAACAGAUCCUAUUAAAGAUUGAUUUCAGAGUUGGGUGAUUGUAAAUAUUAGUGGCUAUAGUAUGUAAGCAUUAGGAUAGUAUGUGGACUGUUAGUUUGUGUACAUAUAUAAAACUGUUAAAAACAUAAUUUUUCAUAAAUGUUCCUUCAAUCCUUUGUUUUUAUUUUGAUCAAGCAACUAUAAUGUACUUUGUAUUCAUGUAAUAAUUGAAUAUGUGUAUAAAAGGCCAGUCAGGUAAGCAUGUUGGCCCAUGGGCCUCUUAUUUUGUGAAAAUGUUUAUUGUGUCAGGUCUGUAAGCUAAUGAUUUAGAGAGCUGCAAUGCACUCUUUUUUGUACAUGAUUUUUUUCAAAAAAUUUUAAAAAUAAUUUUUGUAAGGGAAAAGCGUUCAAUGAAGAGAGUAUACACAUUUUUUGUAAUUAAUGCGAGGGCAUAGACUUUAUUGUAAUUAAUUUGAGAGUAUAUUUCAUUGUAAAUAAUUUUAUUAACACUUAAUUGUAAUUAAUUUGAAAACAUAAUUUUAUUAUGAUUAA